AUGUAUUAUAAAAACACUGUAAAUUCUAAUAUAUACGACAAAGAGUUCAUAAAAAAUGAAUUCGGUCAAGAAAAAGUAAAAUAAACAAAGGUGGACGACCUCGAUAUAUGCAAAAGAAAAUCAGACUUUAGAAUUAAAAAAAAUAAUAAAAAGAAGAUCAGUUCAUUAAUUGUUACAUUUAAUACUUAAAAAAAUUAGAUAGUGCUUGAUUUAGGAGAAAGCUGUGUGAAAUGUAGUUUUUUUCCUUUUUUCUUUUACUAAUAAAAUAAAGAUAAUUGGUUCAGAAAAAAAAAAUACUAAUAUACAUAAAUUAAUAAUGGUCAUGUAAGAGUAAGACCACGUGGUUAUAUAUGCUAUCUUUAAUAAAUUAUUGGGUUGUGGCUCCUUUUCUUAUAUAUUAUUCAAAUUUAUCUAGUUCAAUCUAAAAUGUGAGUGCAAGACAUAGAAAGACAAAUUAUUAAGACACUAAAAGAUUGAAUUUAGACAACAAUCAACUCAGGUUGUUCAUUGUUGUUUCUGAUUCUGGUCUGUUAACAAACAAUAAUGGCCACAAUAGUAGACAUGAUAAAGUCUUUUCUAACUCAUAAUUCACACUUUGGUUGGGUAUUUGAUAAAGAAGAACAUUUGACCACAUUAGACAUCGGCAAUUUGGAUCCUCUUGCCAAAACUUUUGGCCAAGAAAACAACAUCUUUCAUCUUGCCAUAAAAUGCGCAGCUAAUCCACGAGCAACAUCUGUAAACACAUUGCUACUCUCGCAUUCCUUGCUUGCCUUUCAACCAAACAAUAAAGGCGACACGCCUCUACAUUUGGCAGCCAAGUUGGGGAAUGAGAGUUUCGCAGUGGUUCUGAUAGAUCAUGCCAAGGUAUUAGCCGCCGCAGAAGGCCACAGUGACUAUAGAUAUCUGCUGAGGAAGGUGAAUUAUGUGAAGCAAAACACAGCACUUCAUGAAGCUGUGAUCAACGGUCGGUUUGAGAUUGCAAAGCGGUUGAUUCAAGAAGAUCCAACAUUGACAUCUUUGGUGAACAAGGCAGGGGAAUCUCCUCUGUUUCUUGCCGUAGAGAGACGAUUUUAUGAUAUUGCUUCCAUCAUUUUGGACACUACUUUUGCCGAUUUCUCUGUGUUAGGAGGAAAUGGGAUGACUGUGAUGCAUGCUGCUGUCAUUCGUUCCUGCCCAUCAUUUGAUGCAAGGCUGCUUUGGAGAAAUGUUACCAGGGCCAAUGAUUUUGACAAAUUUGUUAAGAAGGUGUUAGAGAGAUGUGGAUCCCAGAUUUUAGAAAAAGCAGAAGAAGAGUUAGGAUGGACUCCUCUUCACUAUGCUGCAAACAUGGGACAUUCAACCAUGGUUAAACUAUUCUUGGAAGCUAAAAGAUCAGUUGCUUAUAUCAAAGAUAAACAAGGCAUGACAGCUCUUCACAUCGCGGCAAGGAAAGGACAUGUUGAAGUGAUGAAGGAAUUGAUGGAAGAAUGUUCAGAUAUUGGUGAGAUUUUGGACAAUAAAGAUCGAACUGCACUUCAUAUUGCUGCUGAACACAAUUGUCAUUCUGUGGUACGUACUUUAGUGAAUGAGAGAGGUUUCAGUUAUCUUAUAAAUGAGCAAGACAAUGAAGGAAAUACAGCUCUACCUGUUGCUGCUAUUCAUAGUCAUUAUGAAAUUAUGAAACGUUUGGUGAGUAAUAAAAUGGGCAACAAGGGAAUGAGCAAUAAGAUGGGAAUGACUGCGUUUGAGAUUCUUCUCAAAUCGACAACACCUGCGGGAUCUAUUGCAACGUUUAUGGUUGGAUUAAAAUUGUGGCUGGUGAAGAGUAAAGACCCUCUUCUAAGUUUGCAAGACACUGGAUUUGGGAUGCUGAAAAGCAGAACUAAUGAGGAAGAAACAACUCGAGAAAGUACCCAAAUACAAAUUAGUGGACCAAAUAUUAAACAAGAUAAUAAUAAUAAUAAUGGUCGAGAUGUACAACACAUGCAAAACAUGAACUUAGUGGUGUCCACACUUAUAGCAGGUAUCACAUUUCAAGCAGCCAUAACAAAUAACAAUGCCUUUCGCUGCACCAUACAAAACUACAAAAGGCCUUGAAGCUUUCAAUCCUUCAUGGCAGUGGAUUCUUUGGCUUUCGGGUUUUCCGCGGGCUCUUUGUUAAUCCACUUCAUGUUUGCAAUGCUCUCUAUGAUUUUUGAAAGGACAUUUAGGUACCCUACUAUGGUCACCAUAUCAUUCAUCUCUUUUUCCAUUUCUUAUUUUGUGUUUGCCUUUACCACGGGUACAGAGGCAUUGUUGCACGAGAAAAAAGAGCUGAGUAGUCUUCUUUUUGAGACUAAAAAUGGUGCUUUGUCUUUCACUGUUCCUGAAAAUUAUGCCUUCGCAGCAUUCUAUCUCACUAUAUUUUAUGUCAUCUUCAUCGUUCGUGGCCGCAAGAAAUAAUUUGUUUUUAAUAAUUUGUAUCUUAUUAAUUUAUCAAUAUAAAUAUCUCACACUCAAGUGAAGAAUA